UCGUAAACAAUAAAGUAAGCCGGGAUUUUGCUUUCUGUUUAUUCUUUAAUCAAAUAUUCCUUUUUGGCCUUCAUAUUCGUUUCGUUGGGGACGUCUUUCAUUAGGGUUCCCUUUCGAGAGUAGUUCAAUUUGUUUGUAAGUGAGUGUUGCUUGACGUGGGCAUAUUCACCAUUCCUGUGUAGAUUGAACAGUUUGUUUUGUUUGUGCAUGAGAUUUUUGAUUAAGUAGGUGUUCGGUGCAAACUUAUAACAUCAAUCAUGGAUAUGAUAUUGGCCAAUGUCAAUCACAUAUACUUUAAAGUGGAGAGGGACCUAACGGAACAGGUUGGAGCGAUACCACUUCCCUUUUUUGGUAUGGACAAAUCUGUGGCCGCUGUUUGUCAAUUUCUUAACUCUAAAAAUGGAGAAGAGUGUACGAAAGGAGCCAUGUGUCCGUUCCGUCACAUCCGUGGAGAUCGUACUAUCGUUUGCAAACAUUGGCUGCGUGGUCUUUGCAAGAAAGGUGACCAGUGCGAGUUCCUGCACGAAUUUGAUAUGAAGAAAAUGCCCGAAUGCUACUUCUAUUCUCGAUUUAACGCCUGCCACAACAAAGAAUGUCCGUUCCUGCACAUUGAUCCGGAAAGUAAAAUUAAAGAUUGUCCUUGGUAUGAUCGGGGGUUUUGCCGACAUGGUCCGCAUUGCAGGCAUCGCCAUGUUCGAAGAGUUCUGUGUAUGAACUACUUGGCAGGCUUUUGUCCCAAUGGCUGGAACUGUAAACAUAUGCAUCCCCGUUUCGAAUUACCUCCCAGCGCAGAAGCAAGCAAAGAUCAAUUCCAAAAGAAAAUUCCUACAUGUCAUUUCUGCGGUGAAUUUGGUCAUAAAGCAUCAUUGUGUAAAAACAACCCAGACAAUACAAUUGAUGCACAAAUGAAUCGGCAACCACCUAAUCCCCGAUUUCCUCAUUAUGCAGCACCUCCAAACCAAGCAAAUCAAAGUAACCAACAACGCGAUUCACAGGAAUCGGCAUCAACAAACACGGGUACAAAUGAGAACGCAGAACCACCAACUUCAAAUUCUAGACCAACAAACAACGGACCUAUGUAUCAAAAAAUGUCGAAGCCGUUGGAAGAAAUUACAUGUUACAAGUGCGGUCACAAGGGUCAUUAUGCAAAUAAAUGUCCGAAAGGUCAUUUGGCAUUCCUAUCAAAUCAACGGAGUCAUAAAUGAUAUUUUACCCAUUAGAUUUUCGAUUAUUAAUUAUGUUUUUUUUUUCUUAUAAUGUUUCAUGUGUACAAUUAUUUGAAGUUUGCAAAAGAUAAUAAAAUGAUUGUAGCCGGAGGUAAAAGGAAACGAUUUUAAA